AUGGUGGAUAGGCAUGGCGUGAGGCCGGACCCGGAAGCAGUAGAGGCUGUGUUGAUAAGGAAGGCUCCAAGGACGGACACACAACUCAUGAGCUUCCCAGGAUUCGCCAAUUAUUACCGUGAGUUCAUAAAGGGAUAUGCAGACAAGGUGUAUCCAAUGCAGAAGCUGAUGCGCAACACAGGAAAGAAGUUCGAAUGGAACGAGGAAGCACAAACUGCCUUCGAGAACAUAAAGCGGGAACUGUGCGAGGCGCCAGUGCUAGGCAUGCCUACAGAAAAGGUCAUCUAUGUUCUUGACACAGACGCAUCAGUAGUAACCAUCUCAGGAAUACUGCAUCCGGAGCAGGAAUGA